UUUAACUUUCGCUACAUACAGACUGGUUUAGCGCUUGGUUUCUUUUGUGUUAAUUUCCACUAUUGUUAACUCGUGACAAAGAUAAAUUUGAUUGUUUGUGAUAAGCUGUAACUCAUCAUAAUCUUUAAAAUGAGUUUUUGUUUUAAUUUUGCAAUUGUUGCAACUUUAGCAACAUUAAUACCGUUUUUUUGUACUGGAGCUGAACAAAAACUUGCGAUAGACGAAGCUGCCAAUGGUGGCGAAAUACGUAUUUUUAAACGUCUUAUUCCUGCUGAUGUCUUAAGAGAUUUUCCGGCAAUGUGUUUUGCUUCAACUCGAUGUGCUACUGUUGAGCCCGGAAAGUCUUGGGACCUGACUCCCUUCUGCGGUAGAUCUACUUGUGUACAAAAUGAAGAAAACGAAACAAAGCUCUUGGAACUUGUAGAAGACUGUGGCCCACUGCCCCUAGCGAACGACAAAUGUAAAUUGGACACAGAGAAGACUAAUAAAACCGCUUCUUUUCCUUAUUGCUGUCCCAUUUUCACAUGUGAACCCGGUGUUACAUUGGAGUACCCCGAUGUUGGAAAGGACAACGACAAAAAGAAUGCUAACUGAAUAAAAAAUAUAUGUUUGGGCUAACAUUACAGUACUUUAUCACAAUAUUUUAAAUACAAGUGUUGCUUUAGUCAAAAAAAAAAAGAUUCAAUGUAUGAACAAAAAUAAAGGCACUAUCAAGGCACAAAGGCA